ACGUACAUUUUGAAGACGUUGAAAACAAAAAGUUAGACAUAAAUUAAUUAUGGGCUAUUUCUAGUUUCUAUUUGCUACUGCAUCUAUUUGUAACCAAUGGAUUUUUAAAUGUUCCUUUCGAAAAUCUAAUUAAGGCACAAAUGGAUAAAGUUCUGGUGCUUUCAACACUUCUCAUUUGUAUGGUUUACUUACCAGAUAUACUAAACUGCAUACCAAGAUUUCCUAUGGAAAUCGAAGGAUUUGAGAAAGAUUGUGUCAAUUAUAGUUGCCGCUACACCGGAAGAAUUUUAGGGCACGUUGACAUCUAUCAAGAGAAUUUGACUUUCCCCGUGGUGGAAUACACAUCGACGAUAAGUAUUUUUUAUUGUGUAGGAAAGUUCGACUGCUCUGAUGGCUCGCGUGAUUGGACUCCGCUUUGUGAUAUAUUCUGGUUUAGAAACCCACUAAAUUGUGUAAACAAUGACUACUACCCCUGUUUCUGCUCAGGAACGUUUCCCAUGAAAUUCAAAUUUUACCCAAUAAUUGGAAAUGCUUACUACCGGCUUGGACUGUUUAAUGGCAAAACGCGCCCAAAACCAGCUGAUUACGGCAAAGUGUUUGAUCCAAGAAAUAUAACAAGUGUGUGGGAUCCGAUUGAAGAGUUCCAGGUAUUUUUUAAAGGUAAACAAUGGGAAUUUUCAGUCAACGAAGGCCGCCUAUUACAUUCAGAGUCUGUUUUCUUGGGAAUCGGAGCUCUGUGCGCUUUUCUAUUAGCCUAGAAACAGCUUGCUUAGAAACAAUGACACCCUAAUUAAAGGAGGUUGGGUGUUCGUGCUUUCAUCGUCGGAUCUUUGGUGGAGAAAUCGCUAGUAUUUAAACUUGCUAUCUUCUCUUUUAUUGUUGCAUUUAGUAAUCAUUUAAUUGAAUCUUUCAACAAAAUUUCAAUGACUAAUCUAAAUACUAAUUCGAUUAAAUAUUAGAUAGUAUUGCAUUGUCUUCGGAGGAGAAUGUAUCUGUAAAAAAUGGCUGCAUUAGAAGUUUGUAAAAAGUAAGCUACAGGAAGAUUUGCCCAAAAAAAAGCCACAAUAAAAAAAUAUAAUUUAUAAAAAUUGCGCAUUUGGGAAACGAGAUGUCUGGG